CGAGAAGAUCGGUUAAAAAAAAAAUUCUCUUCGAUUCGUAAAUUUAUCUGUAAAAAUCUUCGCGUUUUGGGAAACGCUUGACGUCGGUUGCUACUGAUAAGGGAAACAGAAAUCGAUCUAUGAUUUGAUCAGUCCUAUAAUAAUCUCAAUAGAAAAUUGUGAUGAAGAGAAUCUCAAAGAAUUUACAGUUUUUUAUUUCAGAAAAUAUAAUAUUUUUGGGGAUUGGGAAGAAUUAAAGUAAAUUAAAAAUGAUUUAAUGUUAAUGAUAGUAUUUGGAAUUUUCGUAAUAGAAAGGGGCUUAGUUGAUUAUAGUGCAAAGGUGGAAAUUAAAUUAAAAUAUUUGGCAAAUAAAGGAGAGGGGGGUAGUAAUUCGAAUUUUGGCGGAAAGUGAUUUUAUAGGAGAGAAGAAAUGACUUCCGGUUUCGAUGAUUGCUAUGACAACUCUUGGCAUUUAAUACCGCCGGAUUAUGUCAGCAAUGAGGACGAUUAUAGAUUACUUCAAGAAAGUAUAAAGAUGCCACCGAGGACUGGUUUCCACAUUAGCGAUAUUUUAGGAUCAAAUGAUACCAAACCUGCGCCAGAGGAAACAGACGCACAAAAUGGCACGACAGUAUUAUCGUCAGUCAACGACAUACCCUUUGCCUACCAACAACUUCUGGAUGCAGCAAUGCUUCAUCCGUCGGCUCCUCUUCAUGGGACUAAUUUUAAUAUUAAUAGGGUGUCCGUACCAUCAGCUCCUGGUGCACCUCCUGGAAGUUUACUAGGAUGUUGGCACAACCCAGGAGUUCCAACUUUACCCACCUCCUUACCCCAAUCAAUGGAAGAAGUUAGUGCUCUCCAGCAACCAGACUCGACGAGCCCAACCAUUUCCGACCUCUCCUACCCUUCCCAACGGGAAAACAGCCUCCCAGGUUGCAAAGAAGAAGACGAUCUUCCAGAGGAUGAAAUCGAAGAAGACGACGAUGACGAGGACGAUGAUGAGAGUCGUGAAGAUCAAAAAAAGGAUAAAGAUUCAGACCCAUCGAAAUCGAAAUCUCGUCAUCGUCGAGCCCAGGAAAUGGCUGAAGAAGAAGCUGAACACAAAAAAAGAAAAAGACGAGUCCUCUUCUCCAAAGCUCAGACCUACGAAUUGGAACGAAGAUUUCGACAACAGAGGUACCUCAGUGCACCAGAAAGGGAACACCUGGCAUCCAUAAUUCGACUAACCCCCACACAGGUGAAAAUCUGGUUCCAAAAUCACAGGUACAAGACGAAAAGAGCUGCUACCGAAAGAGUUGAAGCUUCUGGUAACAGAUUAGAUUGUUCUCCAAGAAGAGUCGCGGUUCCGGUUCUCGUCAGGGAUGGGAAACCUUGUCAGUCGAAACUUUUGGAACCUUGUUCUGCUGCAGCCGCUGCAGCAGCUGCUGCUGCAGCUUCUGCUAAUGCUGCAGUUUACCCCUCACCUAAUGGCCAGAUACCCAUGCAUUCCUAUAUGCAGAAACCGUAUUGGUGGUAGUUUUAAUGGAGGAUUGUGAUAGAAGUGGUGCUGUGAAGACAAUGUGGAGUAAGAAGUAUAAGAAUUAUUACAAUUGAAGUAAAUAAUUGAGUAAACAUCUGAUUGUGGUAAAACCAUUUUUGCAAUGUUUACAGUUUUUCAAUUUGCUGAUUGUGAAUUUCAACAACAAUUUGCCGAAUCCUUUUUUACACUCCAAGUUUGAAGCAGUUUAAAGUGAAUUUUCAAGUUUUUCUAUUUUACUCACUGAUUAAAUAGUUAAUUUUGAGUGAUCUAAUUUGUAACUUCCGCUGGUCGAAUUAGUCAUUUUGAAUGAUCUGAUGAUCCAAUAAACUAAUGACAUAAGAAUCUAACAAUCCUAUGAUUAAGUAAGUCAUUUUGAAUGAUUUAACGAGGGGUAUAAACAUUCCCCAAACUAUGUAAUUUAGAUUGACUGAAUCUUUAUUUUACGUAAUUCUUUCGAAAUACUAUCUUGCUUAAAUUUUAU